CGCCCGUCCCAAAGUCGGAAGCUAGCCAUGACGUCCCCCAAGGCGGCCGCCGGCACCGCCGUGCUCCUCCUCCUCCUGCUGCUGCUCACCUCCACCAUCGCCGCGCCUGAAGCGUCGAAGACCAUCGCGUUGGACUCAAUGCCCCUUGCCCCGGCGGCGGAGGACGCGGCGUCGACGACGUGCGUGGGGUCGCUGCUGGCGCUGAGCCCGUGCCUGCCCUUCUUCCGGGACGCCGACGGCGGCACGGAUGCGUCGUCGGCGCCCGAGGGCUGCUGCGAGGGCCUGCGCGGCAUCGUGGCCGACCAGGAGGUGUGCCUGUGCCACGUCGUGAACCACACCCUGGAGCGCGCCAUCGGCGUCGACAUCCCCGCCAACCGCGCCUUCGCGCUCAUCGGCAGCCUCUGCGGCAUCACGCUGCCGGAGGACUUCCUCGUCACCUGCGCCAGCCGCAACAACGUGCCGCCGCUCUACGCGUGCCCCGCGCCGUCCGCCUGAUCCAUCCCUGCAGGCUGCAGCUGGGUAUUUUGGCUGGGCGAGUAAAAUAAUCGUCGAGGAUUAUUACAGACUGCAACCUCUGCGAAGUAGAAGCCUGCCUAUGAAUGCAAGCUUUACAUAUUGGAGUCUCGAACUAAGAAGAGAGCACGUACGUGUAUGGGUAUUCUAGACUCCAAUGUAUGUACUGGUGAAUAAAUGCGUGUGGUUAACAUGACAAAUGUAUGUACUGGUGUUAAUGCGCAAGGAAUAAAUAAAUAAGGAAAAAGUCUAUUUAAAAUCUAUUAAGUA